AUGAAGCGUUCUCGACUCCGGCGGAAUAGAAAACUGGAAAGCGACUGUGGUGGGGAUGAUCUAAGUGCGACUACUCCUAGCGACUCAGAGCAGGGCGAUGCUACGUAUGAGACGGAUUCGACGGAGCUGGAGGACGCUCCAAGCUCACCAAAACGUCUUCGAUUGGACGAGAACCUUGUUUUGGAGCCAGAGAUUUUUUAUGACGCUGGAGAGCUCUACGAUGACCCACUAGAUGAAGGCGGAGUUGAUCUCUCCGAGAUCCCCGAGGAUUUCGACAAAGCACCAGGUACCAUUGAACGACGAGAGCGGAUUGAGAGCCGGUGGAAAAGGUACUGUGCCAGCCAAGUGCGAAAGAGGCCCAACGAUCCAAAAUGGCGUAAGGUCGAGGAGGCGCUACGCCAGGCGUCAAACAAUGACAUGUAUCGGUUCCUACGCUGGUGUCUCCAGCUCGAGCGAGGCGAGGACGGUCGACAUAUAAAAGGCAUCAACAAAGCUAGCACACUCGAGACCGAUUGGAAAAACCUUCGCUGUUACUAUCAGAAGCUCACCAAGAUUGUGAUCAAUGAUGAAGAUGGCUCGGAGAUACGAAGGGGUAUGAAGUACUUAGUCCAAGAGUUUGGAUUGGACACGCAGCCUGGAAGGAAGACGCCAGUUUAUAUUGAGGAUAUCGGCCCAUUUAAUGAAACGAUCUUGUCGACGCAGGAGAAAAAGUUUCAUCUGGGCUUCCAACGCAUCCAAGUGUGUCUGUUUAAUUCCCUCGGUAUCUUUACGGUGCACCGGAAAAGCGCCUUGUUGAGUCUGCAGUUCAAAGAUCUGCAGAUCUCCCUCCAGAAGGAUCCUCGUGGGGGCCCACCCGUCCCUAUGAUCGAACUUACUCCCGAGGGGACUAAAAAGUUCCUCGGUCUGACCAAAUUAACCACUUUUGCACUUCCCGAGAUCGUUUACGGGCCUUCACUGGUGAUAUGCCCGCACACAUUGCUUUUUGGCAUCUUGUUUCACGCGCGAGCGUUCCGGAACCAGGGGCUGACCUCGAAGGCUCAGCUGCGGAAACUUUUUAUCAGCAAAGGCUGUGAACAGCUCCUGGUGCCUUUAGACCCGAAAAAGUCCGGUUGGUAUGUCUUCUGCAAAACGGAGUUGGUCAAGGGCGUUCCAACCAUUCAACGGACUACACAGAUGUCCAAGUCUGUGAUUGCCACCUUGCUGGUCACAUUUGGCGAGAUUCGCGGGUGGAAAGGGGCAUUUCACGCCCAUCAGUUCCGAUAUGGAAGUGGUAAAGUAAUCAACGAGAGUGGGUGGGUGAGCAAGGAGCAACAUAUGUUGAUCAUGAAGCAUGCCAGCCCUCGCACCUUUCUCAACCACUAUCAUCCCCUGCAACUCGACACCGACAUGAUUCGGGUUAUUUGUGGCCUCGACCCGGAUGUGGAACUGAUGCGAGCCGUCACACGACAGAGCCGUUGGCGAGACACGCGACGCCCACGCUACUUGACUGAUCAACAAAGGGCACAGGUUGAAGAUCAUCCCGAGUUGGAAGAUGCCCGGCGCAACCUAAGCAAGAUCCGCGCGCAAUACGAGGAGACCCAACAAUCCGGCCUGCUUCUCCGACUCCAGCAACGGGAGAAGGAGGUGAGAAACACGCGAAAAAGGUUGCACCGGAGCUUACGGCAUCAGAUCCGAGAGAGAUUUGAUGAAGAGCAAGCCUUUCUUGAUAUCGAGGCGCAGCUGUCGGGUACCGUGGUCAAGGAAGACAGCGAAGACAAAUCAUCCUUAGAGGACACCAUGCACCCCCUUCAGUUGCAUCUCGUGCAGAGUCUUCUUUCCUAUCCAGUUUCGAACUCGUUGGAGGGCGAGUGGCAUCGGCGUGAUACGGGUACUGCAGCAGUUGUGCAGUACUGUGACGUCCUUGAAGGAGGCCCGUUGAGGGGCCGGCCUAAACAGAAAGCACCAAGAUCUGCUCCGCUGGCUGGACGAACAGCUCAGCCGCAGGGUUUACACCAGACCAAAAAUGAUUUCGACUCAUGCGUGGUACCUGUCUCUAUACAUGGCAAGCCGUUACGUGCUACCAAGGAAUACCUUGAAACUGCUAAGCAGCCAGAGGCAUGCUUCCAAUGCUUUGCGAAUGAAGGGCUCCCAGAUGAUGUUCGCUUUCGGAUGUUUCAUGACGCCGGAUGUGUUACUCGUCACUUUGACACUACUCAUCUAGACGAAAAGCCACUCGAGUGCAACUGGUGUGAAGUAGCCUUGCUACAUAAAAUGGCUUUCCAGCGCCAUGCUAUUGAUGCGCAUGGUCAGAAUGUGAUUAUGAAGCAUGCGGAUUCCCGCACCUUUCUGAAUCAUUACCUUCCCCGACACGUUGACACGGACAUGCAAAAUGUGAUGAACGGCCACGAAUCCAAAAAAUCUCUCAUGCGCGCAAUCACCCGCAGGAGCAGGUGGAUUGAUACGAGGCGACCUCGACACCUGACAGCCGAGCAACGAACGUCGAUCCGUGAACAUCCAUAUGAACUGAUGCGAUUGCGACAUGACAAACUCGCACGCGAAAAGCUCAACACGUUUGGCCGGCUAGAGAGGGCAUUGAGACAGAAAGUUCGAAGAGAGUUUGACCGCAGACAGGCGAAAAUAGACAUUGAGCGACAGCUUUCUGGAGCGGCUAUCGACGACGAGGAAGUGAAGGACGUACUGCGAACAAACAGCGGAAUGCCGGCUCCAAGCGAUGAGCCGGGAGAAGAGCCGACAGUGGUGGAAGUGCGAACAGCCAAGACAACCUCUUCUGUCUCUCCCGAAAUGUCACAGGAAGAGCUACUUCUGGAGAAGGCGGCAAAGUAUAUCCGGAAGGCCAAAAAGCCUCGGCGAUGUUUUCAACGUUAUGGCGAUACCCAACUUCCCGUCCAUCGUCGGCCAUAA